UCUAAACUCACGUGACCAUUAUAUAUACUUCACUAUCUUUUAAACUGCUACAAUUCUCCAUUUUGUUUGUGAGUUUUUGUCUCAACAAAAUAGAGGCCCCUUUUUGCUGAGACUUGUCCCCAAAAAACGAUAUGCCUGAUUGGUCGGAACUUCAACAUGAACUGCUGAUUCUAAUAGUUAGACGUUUAAAUUUGAUUGAAGACUACCUUAAUUUCGGGACUGUCUGCAAAUCGUGGCACUCUGUGGCCACCAAGGACAAUUUUAACAGUGACCUGCCUAGGGUUCCAUGGCUAAUGCUAGCUGAGGAAAAGGAUGAUAACACCUGUAGGAAAUUCUUCAGUCUCUAUAAUGGCAUGAUUUUGAAGAAGCGGAUUCCUAAAGCCAGUGGAAAACGAUGUAUGGAGUCUAUGGGAUGGCUUAUCACAGUCGGAAAAGACGAGGGUGAAAUCAGUUUACUACAUCCUUUCUCCGGUGUUCAGAUUCAAUUGCCGCAUCAAAAUACCACCGAACAUUAUGAAAUCAUCAAGACUGAGGAGCCAUGGACCUUUAUCAAGAAAGCAGUUCUGUCAGCCAAUCCUUCUCAUACAUCUGACUAUGUUCUCAUGGUCAUUGAGGGACACUACCAGUUCCUUAGUUUCUGGAGACCAGGAGAUUUGUUAUGGACCAGGAUUAGGAAACCAAUCAAUUUCCGACAUAUUAGUGAUGUGGUAUACUUCAGUGGUCACUUUUAUGUGGUCGAUUAUAGCGGCUGCGUCCAAGUUUGUGAUGUCUCUGGCUCUGAACCCACUAAAAGUUAUAUCAUAGCGCAGGUAGCACCAUGGCUUGAUGGUAAGUACUACAUCCUAGAAUCACUAGGAUCAUUAUUUGUAGUUGUGCAAGAUGGUGUUAAUAUAAGGUACGUCAAAGAUGAUCCCGAAAGGUUCUCCCCAUGUGAAGAUGAUGAGAAGAAGACAUCGUACACGUACGGGACAAGAAAUUUUCUAGUUUUCCAGAUCGAUUUAGAUGCUUGUAAAGCUACGCCAACCAGGGAUUUAGGGGACAGAGCUUUUUUCCUGGGUGCUAAUGCUUCUCUUUCAGUCCAAGCUUCUCAAUUUCCGGGAAUCAAGCCCAAUCAUAUUUAUUUUACAGAUAAUUGUUUAGAUGCAUACAUCCAUUUUGAAGAAGGAGGGGGCUUGAACAUGGGGGUGUUCAACAUAGCAGAUGGAAGUAUCCAGCCGCAUUAUGAGGGUGUUUCCCUCAGUCGUGUUUGUCCUCCAAUUUGGGUCACACCAACUCUCUGUUAAGUGAGUCCACCUUUCUUGUUUACUCUAUUUUUAAUGCUAUAUGUUCUUGUUUUACCCUGAAAGCCCAUUGUUUUUUUUAACAUUUAGUUGGCAUUUACCUUCAGACUUGAUUGAUGUAUCUUUCUUGUUAUUCAAAUAAUUGGACAAAGGUACUUCCAUUAGUUGUUACACUUCCUUGGUUCAAGA